AACAAGGAAUUAUUUCAAGAUUUGGCUCCUUUCGUGUGGAAUUCUUUUGGUACUAUUGCUGCACUCUUGCAGGUAUGCCUAAUAAACUUCUUUUGUUUCUCUUUCUAGAAGAGAGAAUUAUUUCAAGAUUUGGCUCCAUUGUUGUGGAAUUCUUUUGGUACCAUUGCUGCACUUUUGCAGGAGAUAGUUUCUAUAUACCCGGUUCUCUCACCACCAAACCUAACUCCUGCCCAGUCAAAUCGAGUAUGCAAUGCACUAGCUCUUCUUCAGUGUGUAGCUUCUCAUCCAGACACAAGGAUGUUAUUCCUAAAUGCUCAUAUACCCUUGUAUCUGUAUCCCUUCCUUAAUACAACAAGCAAAUCAAGGCCAUUUGAGUAUUUGAGGCUUACUAGUUUAGGUGUCAUUGGUGCCUUAGUGAAGGUUGAUGAUACAGAAGUUAUUAGUUUCCUUCUUUCAACAGAAAUAAUUCCAUUGUGCUUGCGGACCAUGGAAAUGGGCAGUGAAUUGUCAAAAACGGUAGCCACCUUUAUAGUUCAGAAGAUUCUGUUGGAUGAUGUGGGCUUGGAUUAUAUUUGUACUACUGCAGAGCGGUUUUUUGCUGUUGGUCGAGUUUUGGGGAAUAUGGUUGCAGCACUUGCAGAGCAACCGUCAUCAAGGCUUCUGAAACAUAUUAUCAGAUGCUAUCUUCGCUUGUCAGAUAAUCCUAGGGCCUGUGAUGCAUUAAGAAGUUGUCUUCCUGACAUGUUGCGAGAUGCCACCUUCAGUAGUUGCCUUCAUGAAGAUCCAACGACAAGAAGGUGGCUGCAACAGUUGCUUCACAAUGUUGCGGUGAGUCGGGUUACCAUGCAAGCUGGGGGAGGAUUUGACCACAUGUUGGUGAACUAAAAUCAUGUGAUUUUCCCCUGUUCACCGCAUGCUGUCACUGGUCCAAAAUGGUGAUUGCAGUCAAUAAAUUAGCCAUUUAUCCAACUCGUGGUUGUGUUCAUGAGUCCAGUAUUUUUUUAUUUAUCCCAAUUCCCAUAGAGGCGAGGUUGAAGACAAGUGGUUGUGUUCAAAGCUAGAGGUUUUAUAGCUAUGAUAAAAAAAGAAUGAUCAGGCUCUUGCAGUUUUGACUUUGUUUGUGAAACCUGCCAUUAUCUCAACACCAUUGAAAUAUGAAUGUAUGGGGGGAACAAUGCAAAAAUAAAACAGUCGUGUUUCCCGUCUCUUUGAUGUAAUUCCAUUUUAAGAAAAUAUUUGAACAAUAUAUAUUUCCUUAUUUG